GUCUUCAUUACAGACUAGAUUCCAGCACUGCAGGUUGCCAUUAUCUAUACUAUACAUAGAGCAUCGCUUAAAAAGUAUGGGGAUUCUCCAAGAACUGUUGCUGGUCUUCGUGGGCUGUAUCUUAUUUUUUCGGUACCUGAAAAUGAGAUGGGCAGCAAGAAGUCUUCCCCCAGGACCCUCCCCUCUUCCUGUCAUUGGGAAUCUGUUGAGUUUGAAGUUUAAGUUGCAUCCUGAAACACUAAAACAGCUGGCUAAAGAGUAUGGAAAUAUUUACACCAUAUGGAUGGGACAUACUCCUCUCAUUGUUCUGAAUGGGUUAAAAGCGGUAAAAGAUGCCCUUGUCUCUCAUUCUGAGGAGCUGUCUGGACGCCCUGAAGCCAGCUUUUUACGGGACAUCACCAGUGGAAAAGGUAUUGUAGCAUCCAAUGGGCACAACUGGAAACAGCAAAGGCGCUUUGGAUUGAUGACCUUAAGGAACUUGGGACUAGGCAAACAUGGGUUGGAAUCCCGUAUUCAGGAGGAGGCCCAGUAUCUCACUGAAUCAUUUACCAUCAUGAAUGGCAAAGCAAUGGACCCCUCUAAUCUCAUCACCCACUCUGUUUCCAAUGUGAUUUCUAAUACAGUCUUUGGGCAUCGUUUCUCCAUUGAUGAUAUGACUUUCCAGAAACUAGUUGAAGGCAACCACUACCUAACUAAAAUCUUGGGCUCAGCAUGGGGAAGGAUGUAUGAUGCAUUUCCUUGGAUCAUGAGCCAUGUUCCAGGACCCCACCAGAAAUCCUUUGAAAAUAAGGAAUAUAUAGAGAAUUUUGUUAAGGAUGAGAUCAGAAUUCACCAAGAAAAUGGCAUUCCAGAGGAGCCAAAUGAUUUAAUUGACCACUACUUGGUUCAGAUGGAAAAGACAAAGAAUGAGUCCAAUUCCACAUAUGACAUGUCCAAUCUGAUUCAAGUGGUGGUUGAUCUCUUCACAGCUGGAACUGAAAGUACAGCUACAACUCUUCAAUGGGGUCUGCUGUUCAUGUUGGCUUACCCCGAUAUACAAGUGAAGAUACAAAAUGAAUUGGAUGCUGUUCUUGAAGGAUCUCAGACCGUGUGCUAUGAAGACAGGAAAAAACUUCCUUAUACAAAUGCUGUAAUUCAUGAGAUCCAGCGCUAUGGGAACAUUGCAUCUGUUGGCAUUGCACGAUUAAGCAUAAGGCAUGUAACUCUUGAUGGAUAUUCUUUAGAUAAGAAUACAAUAAUCCUGCCCAAUCUAGACUCUGUGCUACAUGAUCCAAAACACUGGGAGACUCCCUAUAAAUUUAACCCAAAUCAUUUUUUGGAUAAAGAUGGGAACUUUGUGGCCCCUGAAGCUUUUCUACCAUUUUCCGCAGGACAUCGAGUAUGCCUGGGGGAGCAGCUGACGCGGUUUGAGCUUUUCAUCUUCUUUACCACUCUCCUGAAGACAUUCAGUUUUUACCUUCCAGAAGAAGUAACAGAGGUCAACACAAAUUAUGUUUUUGGCAUCACACUUCAGCCACAUCCAUAUAAAAUCUGUGCUAUACGAAGAUAGAUUUAGUUAUUCUAAGACUAUAACCUAGCAAUAUACUGUAUGGUGACAUUACUAUAUUCUGUUCAUGAGUAACACUAGAUCAGCUAUAGGUUCACAGUACUAUGAGGAGUCUGAAAAUAUUGGUUCAUCAAUAAGUUCAGAGUUUCAGGUUGUGAUUAACCUUUAUAUUGCAAACUGGGGUAUUUCAUUAUCUCCUGUCACAAUAUAUAUAUUGUGACAGGAGAAUAUGAAAUACCCAUUAUAUUGUAAAAGUAUUUUAUAAUACUGUAUUUCUAUACAUAAAUAUAAUGUAUUUUGUACUACUCUGUUCAUGUAUAUAGUGCUACACAAAGUGGCAGACAUAUAAAAGCAAAUAAUAAUUCUAAUAUUGACUCCCAUUGCACAAUAAAACCGUUUAAUAUCUUUAAAUAUAA